GGGGUUUUUUUUUUCUAUUUUUUAGGAAUGAAGCGUAAAUUAAGUGUUGGUAUUGCAUUAAUUGCAAAUUCAAAAGUUGUCAUUUUGGAUGAACCAACUAGUGGAAUGGAUCCAGCAGCUCGUCGAUCAACUUGGGAAAUGCUUCAACGUUUUCGUUUGGAUCGAACAAUUCUAUUUACUACUCAUUUUAUGGAUGAAGCUGAUGUUUUAGGUGAUCGAAUUGCCAUUAUGGGUGAAGGUCGUAUUCGUUGUUGUGGUUCACCAUUUUUCUUAAAAACAACAUAUGGUGUUGGUUAUCAUUUAAUAAUUUCGAAAGAUGCGAACGCUGAUCCAAAUCGAAUCUUUCACUUAGUACAAAAACAUAUUGAACAAGCUCGAUUAGAAUCAGCAAUAAGUGCCGAAUGCAAAAUAUUAUUACCACAUGAUUUAUCAGCUAAAUUUCCUGAUUUAUUUGAAGAUUUAGAAAAACAUAAAGAUCAAUUAGAAAUUUUUAGUAUUGGAUUAUCAGAAACAUCAAUUGAAGAAGUGUUUAUGAAAAUUGUUGAAGAAGACGAACCAGAUGAAAUUACAACAACAGCUAAUUAUCAUUUAAAUAACAAUUCUUUGGAAAAUAAUAAAGAAUAUAGUGAUAUUGAUGGAUUAUGUUCAUCAAAUGAUAUACCUCAAAGUAUUUUUGAUAUGGAAAUAAUAAAAAAUACUGGCAUAAUGUUAUUAAUUCAACAAUUUUAUGCUUUAUUACUUAAACGUAUUCUUAAUUCAAUGAGAAAUUAUCUUGUUUUAUUUGCUGCUAUUUUACCUAUUUUAUUUGUUAUUGUAUCAUUAAUAAUAGAACAUCAAAUACCUAAACCAGAAGAUAGUCCACCAUUAUUAAUGUCAUUGGAUCGAUAUCAAAAAACACAUGUACCUUAUACAUAUGAUCGAAAUCAAACAUUAUCAAUUGAUUUUAUUCGUUCAUAUGAAUAUACUCUUAGAGAAUCAACUAAACCAGUAACAUUAAUUGAUUUAACAACAAAUGAUACACGACCAUGUCAAAAUGGAACAUCAACUAAAAUUCUAUCAUAUUUAUCUUGUAUAGGUCAACGAAGUUUAGUUGAAUUAUCUGAUCAAUAUUUAAUUGGAACAAAUGUUACAGUUGAUCAAUCAAAAGAAUUAUUAAAUAUAACUGGAUUAUUUAAUAAUCAACCAUAUCAUAUAUCACCAUUAGCUUUAAAUUAUUUAACAAAUACAUUAUUAAAACAAUAUUCAUCAACAUCAACAAUGAAUCGAACAAUACAUGUUAUUAAUCAUCCGUUGCCACGUUCAGUACGACAAACCAUAACUGAUUUUCAAUCACAACAAUUUUUUGGUUUUCGUAUGGCAUCAAGUAUUGUAUUUGGUUUUGGUUUUAUGAUGGCAUCAUUUGCUGUAUUUUUAAUUAAAGAACGAGUUUCUAAAGCAAAACAUUUACAAUUUUUAAGUGGAGCUAGUGGAAUUAAUUUUUGGUUAAGUACUUUUAUUUGGGAUUUAGUUUAUUAUAUUCUUGCUACUAUAUGUAUAUUUAUUGUUUGGACUAUUUUCUAUCAUACAGCAGCAGUUAAAGAUGAUCUUAAAGCUUAUUUAGGUGGUGAUCGUUUAGGAUAUACGAUUCUAUUAUAUUUUUUAUAUGGUUUAUCACAUAUUCCAAUGACUUAUUUACUUUCAUUUAUUUUUCAAAUACCUGCUAGUGGUUUUGCUUGGAUGGCAAUUCUAAAUAUAAUAACAAGUCAAGCAACACUUCUUGCAGUUGUUAUACUUUCUAUUCCACAACUUGACUUAAUUAAUGUAUCCAAUAUUCUUGAAUGGAUAUUUCUUAUUUUAUUUCCGAAUUUUUGUCUUGGUCAAGGACUUAAUAAUAUGUAUCAAAAUUAUGUUCUAAAUGGAUUAUGUGCACCAAUUGUUAUUUUUUGUAAUUCAGCGCCAAAUCCAUGUUGUAAAGAUAAUUGUGGUUCGGAUUGUAUUGCUUGGACACCUAAUUAUCUAAGUUGGGAGAGACCAGGUAUUGGUCGUUAUCUAACAUUUAUGAGUAUUCAAUCAAUUGUUUUAUUUACAAUUCUUCUUCUUAUUACAUAUCAAAUAUUACCAAAGCUUUUCUUUUAUACACAUCGAAAUUCUCGAGUUCAUAAUAGACCUGAUACUAAUAUUGAAAAUAACAAUGAAGAAAAUCAAACAAAUCAUACGACAUCAUCUAUAAUUCCAAUAGCAUAUGAAACUCAAAUUUCAAAUGUAUAUGAAGAUGAUGAUGUUAAAGAUGAAAUUGAACGUAUUCAAACAACAUCUUAUAAUGAAUUAAUGCAAACAGAUGCACUUGUAUUAAAUCAAGUAACUAAAUUUUAUAAUGGAACAUUUCGUGCUGUUGAUCAAUUAUCAUUGGGAGUAAAGCAAAGAGAAUGUUUUGGAUUGUUAGGUGUCAAUGGAGCUGGUAAAACAACAACAUUUAAAAUGAUAACAGGUGAUGAAAAAAUUGAUCAAGGUUCAAUAAUAAUUGAUUCAAUAGAUUUAAGUCAAUCAUUGAGAACAGCACAACGUCGUAUGGGUUAUUGUCCACAAUUUGAUGCUUUAAUUGAUUUAUUAACUGGUGAAGAAACACUUUAUAUGUUUGCUCGUUUACGUGGUGUAAAAGAAUAUUUAAUUCCUCGAAUAGUUUCAUCAUUAAUUGAAUUAAUGAAUUUGAUAAAACAUGCUAAAAAACCUGUUUAUGCUUAUAGUGGAGGAAAUAAACGAAAAUUAUCAGCUGCAGUUGCACUUAUUGGUGAUCCAUCUAUUAUAUUUCUUGAUGAACCAACAACUGGUAUGGAUCCAAAAGCACGAAGACAUUUUUGGAAUGCUAUUGCACAAUUUCGUGAUCAUGGUAAACCAAUUAUAUUAACAAGUCAUUCAAUGGAAGAAUGUGAAGCAUUAUGUACACGUUUAGCAAUUAUGGUUAAUGGAAAAUUUAAAUGUCUUGGAAGUAUUCAACAUUUAAAAUCAAAAUUUGGUGCAGGUUAUACUCUUAUGGCUAAAUUAAAUGUAUUUAAUGACACUCUUGUCAAUGGAUUUUAUUCAGUUAUUAAAAAUUCAUUUUCAAAUAGCCAGUUAAAAGAAGCUUAUGAAGGUUUUGUACAUAUUCAUAUUAAUGAAGCUAAGCUAUCAUUAGCCGAACUUUUUCGUAUUAUUGAAUCAUGUAAACAAGCAUAUACAAUUGAAAAUUAUACAGUUAGUCAAACUACAUUAGAACAAGUAUUUUUAAAUUUUGCACGUAGUCAACUUGAUCCCGAUGAACUACAACGUCGUAUGCGUAAAGACAAUACCUGGCGUCAGAAAUUGACAAAAUGUUGUUCUAAUUGUUGUUAA